UGAUUUCAUGGAAACGGACGCCAGAAUAACAUAAACUAGUGGUUGUGGUUUUAGUUUUAAAGCCCCGUUUUUCUUCUGCUUUCUUUUGGUGUCCAAUUCCAAACACAAUAUUUCUUUUUGUUUUUUUUUCACCUUUUUUUAUGUUGACGUGAGAGCUGUUUGCAUUGACUUACACGAGGAAUAUAGCUGCAAGUUUUUCCCUGUUUGGUGACCGAGAAAAUUCCUGAAAGAGCUACAAAUUUCGAAUUGACCCUUUCGAUGGAGAACACGGGGAGUGGUUCUUUCUUGAGGAACAGAAGAUUCGAGAGCUUCCUGGAUACGAAAUCGGGUCCAAAUGUGAGUGAAACUCAAAAAUUAUCUAGCAAAGAAGUAACAGAUCAGAGUCUUGAAAAAGUUGAUGCUUUUGUCGACGACGAACAUGAUGAUGGAUGGAUUCCGACAUUGAUAUCGUGUGUAAGGAUUGUAACAUGUUUUCUGGCAAUGAUGGUCACCGCAUUCAUUUGGGCAAUAAUCAUGGUGUUGCUCCUUCCUUGGCCUUACCACAGAAUUAGGCAAGGAAACAUUUAUGGUCAUGUAACUGGUAGAUUGCUGAUGUGGAUCUUAGGGAAUCCGAUAAAGAUCGAAGGAACAGAGUACUCGAAGGAACGAGCCAUUUACAUCAGCAACCAUGCAUCUCCGAUCGACAUCUUUCUCAUUAUGUGGUUGACUCCUACCGGAACCGUUGGCAUCGCAAAGAAAGAGAUCAUAUGGUACCCUUUAUUCGGACAACUAUAUGUUUUAGCGAAUCAUCUUCGGAUUGAUCGAUCGAAUCCAAGCACUUCCAUUAAGUCCAUGAGAGAGGCGAUUCAGGCUGUUAAAAAACAUGGCUUAUCUCUGGUUAUUUUUCCCGAGGGCACGAGGUCGAAAAAUGGACGACUUCUUCCGUUUAAAAAGGGUUUUGUUCAUUUAGCCUUGCAGUCUGGCCUUCCCAUAGUUCCAAUAGUCUUAACAGGCACUCAUCUAGCGUGGAGAAAAGGUAGCUUGCGCGUUAGACCAGCGCCAAUAUCCGUAAAAUAUCUCCCUCCGAUAAGAACCAAUGGUUGGACGGUCGAGAAGAUCGAUGAUUAUAUAAAAAUGGUGCAUGACAUGUAUGUCGAAAACCUUCUGGAAAAAACCGAACACAUCCGAUGACAUUAAAGAAGGAAACCAUCAACAUAGACACAGAAGAUUCAAGAUUGUGUUGUGAUAGCCAUUUAAAAACUUGUAUCAUUGGUGCCUAAGAUAUGAAACAUAAACGUAUAGUGCAUAAUAUUAAGGCAUCAGUAACCUAGUGUACAAUUUUUAAUAAAACAAGAGAAAGGGAUCCACCAAUGAUAUUGUAAGCUUGAUAUUAUA